ACUGACAGCCAAGGACGCAGGGACCGAUAGAACCAGGCAGCUGACUAGCUGGGGUGAUGCCUCUUGUUAUUCAUGCCUUUCCUGUCUUUCCAUCUCUUGGACACUGGCAGAGUUUUGGAUUUAAAGUGGUGUAGAGUGGGGAGAAGAACUAUUUUACUGUGUACUAUGUGACCGGUACUGUUAGAUUCUUUCCUCACGAUGGCUACUAUUCCCAUUUUACAGAUGAAGAAACUGAUACAGGGAGGUUAAAUAACUUGUCCAAGGCCAUGAGGCUAGCGAAUAAUCACAAUAUGGUUGGAAACCUGGUCUCUCUCCAAAGAUCGUGCUUCUAAUGAAGUAUUUUGAAGAGCCAGGCUUUCUUUGGUGACCUUUUGCAAAAUGCUGGUCUGACUAAAAGUCUUGGGUUUCUGAUCUGUCCCUCCAGAUGGUGCUGUUGGUGAUGUUAAGGGGCUGAAGAGCGCCCUGCUCUGUGGAAUAUAGGAGAAGGGAUGCCAAGAGAACGUGGGAGAGGGUGAACCAGGGGUGGGGGGUGUCUGCUGUGCAGAGCGAUCGCAAUCUACCUUCUGCUUCGUGGGCACCUGGGGAUCGGCUGGGAGUACUGCUUGUCUGGCUGGAGCAGCUGGUCCUGUGGCCACCUGCGGCAAGCGCUGGGUACUGUCCUCUUGUCCCCUGGCAAAGGGAACAGCAAGCAGCAAGGUUUUAGGCUGGCCUGUACACAGCGUCCUGGGGGCCAGCAAAGAGGCUGAGAGGACCGAGUGCAGUGAGAAAGCAUGUCAUGGUUUAGUGGCCUCCUGGUCCCGAAAGUGGAUGAACGGAAAACAGCCUGGGGUGAAUGUAAUGGGCAGAAACGCCUGCGUCACGGGACUCGGACCAGUGGUUUCUGUGCACCGCGCUAUAUGAGCUGCCUCCAGGAUGCGCAGCCACCCAGCCCCACCCCUGCAGCCCCACCUCGAUGCCCCUGGCAGGAUGAGGCCUUCAUCCGGAGGGGCGGCCCAGGCAAGGGCGCAGAGCUGGGGCUGCGGGCCGUGGCACUGGGCUUCGAGGAUGCUGAGACAACGGCAGCUGGGGCGGCUGAGGUGGCACCCGGAGUGGCACCCAGGAGCGGGCGAUCCUGCUGGCGCCGUCUGGUGCAGGUGUUCCAGUCGAAGCAGUUCCGCUCCGCCAAGCUGGAGCGCCUGUACCAGCGAUACUUCUUCCAGAUGAACCAGAGCAGCCUGACGCUGCUGAUGGCUGUGCUCGUGCUGCUCACCGCUGUGCUGCUGGCCUUCCACGCCGCGCCUGCGCACCCUCAGCCUGCCUACGUGGCUCUGCUGGCCUGUGCCGCCAUCCUCUUCGUGGUGCUCAUGGUGGUGUGUAACCGACACAGCUUCCGCCAGGACUCCAUGUGGGUGGUGAGCUACGUGGUGCUGGGCAUCCUGGCGGCUGUGCAGGUCGGGGGCGCCCUGGCAGCCAACCCCCACAGCCCCUCUGUAGGCCUCUGGUGCCCCGUAUUCUUUGUCUACAUCACCUACACGCUUCUACCCAUCCGCAUGCGGGCGGCGGUCUUCAGCGGCCUGGGCCUCUCCACUCUGCAUUUGAUCUUGGCUUGGCAACUCAACCGCGGCGAUGCUUUCCUCUGGAAGCAGCUCGGUGCCAACGUGCUGCUCUUCCUCUGCACCAACGUCAUUGGCAUCUGCACACACUACCCAGCUGAGGUGUCUCAGCGCCAGGCCUUUCAGGAGACUCGCGGUUACAUCCAGGCCCGGCUGCACCUACAGCAUGAGAAUCGGCAGCAGGAGCGGCUGCUGCUGUCCGUGUUGCCCCAGCAUGUUGCCAUGGAGAUGAAAGAAGACAUCAACACAAAGAAAGAAGACAUGAUGUUCCACAAGAUCUACAUCCAGAAGCAUGACAAUGUCAGCAUCUUGUUUGCGGACAUUGAAGGUUUCACCAGCCUGGCAUCCCAGUGCACUGCACAGGAGCUGGUUAUGACCCUGAACGAGCUCUUUGCCCGGUUUGACAAGCUGGCUGCGGAGAAUCACUGCCUGAGGAUCAAGAUCUUAGGGGACUGUUACUACUGUGUGUCGGGGUUGCCGGAGGCCAGGGCAGACCAUGCGCAUUGCUGUGUGGAGAUGGGGGUGGACAUGAUCGAGGCCAUCUCGCUGGUGCGUGAGGUGACGGGUGUGAACGUGAACAUGCGCGUAGGCAUCCACAGCGGGCGCGUGCACUGCGGUGUCCUUGGCCUGCGGAAAUGGCAGUUCGAUGUAUGGUCCAAUGACGUGACUCUGGCCAACCACAUGGAGGCAGGAGGCCGGGCCGGCCGCAUACACAUCACCCGAGCCACGCUGCAGUACCUGAAUGGGGACUAUGAGGUGGAGCCUGGCCGUGGUGGGGAGCGCAACGCCUACCUCAAGGAGCAGCACAUUGAGACCUUCCUCAUCCUGGGCGCCAGCCAGAAACGGAAAGAGGAGAAGGCCAUGCUGGCCAAGCUGCAGCGGACGCGGGCCAACUCCAUGGAAGGGCUGAUGCCACGCUGGGUGCCCGACCGUGCCUUCUCCCGGACCAAGGACUCCAAGGCUUUCCGCCAGAUGGGCAUUGAUGAUUCCAGCAAAGACAACCGGGGUGCACAAGAUGCCCUGAACCCCGAGGAUGAGGUAGACGAGUUCCUGGGCCGUGCCAUCGACGCCCGCAGCAUCGAUCAGCUGCGCAAGGACCACGUGCGCAGGUUCCUGCUCACCUUCCAGAGAGAGGAUCUUGAAAAGAAGUACUCACGGAAAGUGGACCCCCGCUUCGGAGCCUACGUGGCCUGUGCCCUGUUGGUCUUCUGCUUCAUCUGCUUCAUCCAGCUCCUCAUCUUCCCACACUCCACGCUGAUGCUUGCCAUCUAUGCUGUGAUCUUCCUGCUGCUGCUGACCACCGUGCUGACCUGUGCCGUGUACUCCUGCGGCUCUCUGUUCCCGAAGGCCCUGCGACGUCUGUCACGCAGCAUCGUGCGCUCUCGGGCACACAGCACCGCGGUGGGCAUCUUUUCGGUCCUGCUUGUGUUCACGUCUGCCAUCGCCAACAUGUUCACCUGUAACCACACCCCCAUACGGACGUGUGCAGCCCGGAUGCUGAAUUUAACACCUACUGACAUCACCGCAUGCCACUUGCAGCUGCUCAAUUACUCUCUGGGCCUGGAUUCUCCCCUGUGUGAGGGCACCGCACCCACCUGCAGCUUCCCUGAGUACUUUGUCGGGAACGUGCUGCUGAGUCUGUUGGCCAGCUCUGUCUUCCUGCACAUCAACAGCAUCGGGAAGUUGGCCAUGAUCUUGGUCCUGGGGCUCAUCUAUUUGGUGCUGCUUUUGCUGGGUCCCCCAGCCACCAUCUUUGACAACUAUGACCUGCUGCUUGGCGUCCAUGGCUUGGCUUCUUCCAAUACGACCUAUGAUGGGCUGGACUGCCCAGCUCCAGGGAGGGUGGCACUCAAAUAUAUGACCCCCGUGAUUCUGCUGGUGUUUGCACUGGCACUGUAUCUGCACGCGCAGCAGGUGGAAUCGACUGCCCGCUUGGACUUCCUCUGGAAACUGCAGGCAACAGGGGAGAAGGAGGAAAUGGAGGAGCUCCAGGCAUACAACCGGCGGCUGCUGCAUAACAUUCUGCCCAAGGAUGUGGCCGCCCACUUCCUGGCCCGGGAGCGCCGGAACGAUGAGCUCUACUACCAGUCGUGCGAGUGUGUGGCUGUCAUGUUUGCCUCCAUUGCCAAUUUCUCUGAGUUCUAUGUGGAGCUGGAGGCAAACAAUGAGGGUGUCGAGUGCCUGCGGCUGCUCAAUGAGAUCAUUGCGGACUUUGAUGAGAUCAUCAGUGAGGAGCGGUUCCGGCAGCUGGAGAAGAUCAAGACGAUUGGUAGCACCUACAUGGCUGCCUCCGGGCUGAACGCCAGCACCUACGAUCAGGUGGGCCGCUCCCACAUCACCGCCCUCGCGGACUACGCCAUGCGGCUCAUGGAGCAGAUGGAGCACAUCAAUGAGCACUCCUUCAACAACUUCCAGAUGAAGAUCGGACUCAACAUGGGCCCAGUCGUGGCAGGUGUCAUUGGGGCUCGGAAGCCACAGUAUGACAUCUGGGGGAACACAGUGAAUGUCUCUAGCCGUAUGGACAGCACGGGGGUCCCUGACCGAAUCCAGGUGACCACGGACCUGUACCAGGUUCUAGCUGCCAAGGGCUACCAGCUGGAGUGUCGAGGGGUGGUCAAGGUGAAGGGCAAGGGGGAGAUGACCACCUACUUCCUCAAUGGGGGCCCCAGCAGUUAGCAGGGCCCAGCUACAAUUCAGCUGAAGGGACCAAGGUGGGCAUUUGAGUGGACUCUGCACUCCCUGGAUGGAGCUGCGGCACUGGGCCCUGAGCCUCCAGACCCUGCUGACCACAAAAAGGAACAUCCCAGCAGGCUGGGCUUGGACCAUGCUCGUCUGCCCUCAGGCUGGAGAACGAGGGGAUACCAAGAGGAUUUUGCAAGUGACUCUCUUUUUAAAUUGGGACAGACCUGUUCCCUCUCCUUUCUUCCAGCUUUUGGGAACAGGGGAGGGGGCAGCGGCAGAGGCAGUGGGAGCCCUCCUGCCUGAGAGAUGAAAAUGGCAGCUUGCCAUGCCUACCCUUUCCCUGUCUGGGCAACAGGCUCAGGGCUGGGCCCUUCUUCCCUUUUUUCUGGGAAUAUUUUGUACAAAGACUGGGCAGGCAUGAGGAGUGCCUAUUCCAUGCUUGCCUUUCCUAUGCCUGCAGCCCAGCACGGUCCUGGGGACCCCUCUUCCUGAGCCAGGUCUCCCUCGUAGGCACUGGGCAGAUAGAGGAGGGAGACGCUCUGGGACCUGGCUUUGUCCACAUUUCAGGGGAAUGUUUCCAUUUGCCAAAUCCUAGUCCCAAGAUCUGUCCCCAAAGGGGAACAAAGGGACUUCUGUCAGCUCAGAUUUAGCCCCAGUUCCUGCAAAGCUCCAGGAAAAGAGGUGUGUGGCCUCACUGGUACUGUGAAAAUGCCCAGCCGGAGAGCAAGCAUUUGUGUGGGGUUGUCCGAUCAGGAGCUGGAAGUUCACCUGCACAUGCCAAAGAGAGUCGCUGGCCCGGGAGUGGGGUGGGGCCAACAGUCGGGACCAGGGCACUCUGCUCCAGGGCUCUCUUGCUGUCAGCUGGCGAGGGGGCAUACAGCAUCUCCACCCCUUCUGUUGCCAAAUUGGAAAAGGGCCAGGGCAUGAAGGAAGAUAUCCCUGAUCCAAACCUGUCCUCUCAGGCCUUGGGCACUGGGGAGGGCCUGUGUGUCUGUGUAAUGUGCAUGCGUGUCUGUCUUUGUGUGCGUGUCUGUUUUCCAGAGCUGUGUGUGUCCGUGGGCUCCUGCUGCUCAGCUAUCCACCCCGGGCUGCCUCUCUCCUGUGCGCCUCUGUCUUCUGGGAAUAAGGCAGGCUUUCCAGUUCCGAGGGAUGGAGAGAGAUGCCCAGUUUGCACAGGAGGGAGGUGGGGUGUGGUAGCAGGAGAAGGGGGCGUUCUGGGGAGAGGAGUCCUUUUUGUGCCAAAUCCCUAAGUGCCAUUUGGGGGCCAUGUGUGCAGCAUGAAUGUCCUUGCCUGGGGCAGGGACCAAGACCGAACUGCCUGGGGUUUGGUGGGCAGAUGCUCAGGAAUUUCCUGGGUUCCCCAGCUGGUGUCCUGGAACAUGGUAUGCUUUGGGACUGGGGUGGCAUGGGAUCCCUCUGAGGACCCAGAUACUGGUACUAGGGGAUGGGGCAGGGGAACCCGAAACUUGGCCUGCCCCAGCCUUAAGCCUGAGUCUAGCAUGUUCCUGGCUCCCCAAUCCCUGUGAAGCCUGCAAGGGUUUGCAGGAGGGUUAGGAGGCUGGACUCUACAUUCCCUUCCUAACCCUGCCUUCCUUUUAUCCCUUUCCCUGCAACCUCCUUGCCUCUGGCUUGUAUUAGUUGGUGCCUUGGUUUCUCCAUCUGUACCUAAUUAAAUCAGAGGCAUUAGCUUGAAUUUUGCUUGAAGAUUGCUUUGUCUUGGAGGUGAUUAGAAAGGCAAAGGAGAGAGCGUCCCGGAAUUGCUGGAUUUGGGAGUAGAAGGGGCAAGUGGCACUCUUGCUCUUCCUCGUGCCCUCUGACUCUAGCUCCUGGCUCAAACUGCCUGCCUUGCAGGAUCUUCAUGCAUCAACCAAAUAGGCCGUUAGGCACUUCAUUAGCCAAGGCAGGAGGAGGGGAAAAGACUAAUUGGUCCAGACAGAAAAUCAGCUUCCCUUCCCCCAGCCAUAUCCCUGGAUAGGAAGGGACUGCUUGGAGCCAUGGGGUUGGAGGUGAGGGUAUAAGGAAACCAGAGUGAGAAGACCUCAUUCUUGGGUGACCUGUCUCUGCUUUUUGCCAGGUGGGAAGGGCCUGUCCAGACCUUGGCUCCCCAUACCACAGUGCCAGCCAUGCCCUUCGCCUGGGCUUCCAUUGCCCCCUUCCUCACCAGUUGGUGGGGGAGUCAGUGGAUGGGAGGGCCAUGGACUUCGGUUUUAUAAUGUAACCACUGUGGGAGGGGGGCAGGGUGAUGUACCAUGUAUUUCAGUGAAAUAUUUAAUAUAUUUAAAUAUCAAUAAAAAUCAAACUCUUUGUAAAAUUCCCUGUUCUCUGCAGCU